UUGGUACCUCGAGUCAGGGGCGCGAAGAGUUUGAGAAAAGAAGGAAAAUGGCGUAUCUUUAAAUUAAAUGUUAUGGAAGAAAUAAAGUUUUAAAGAUAAUGAAAACAACAACCGUGUAACCAUUUUGGGAUAUAUCGACUUAUUCUGCACGUUGUACCUGUGUCGACGCUGGCGUCUGCUCAUUCCUAAACCUUUAUGGUAAACAAUAAACUUCAUAAACAAAGUGUUUGCGUUAGCUUGAACCAGCUAGCAGCUACGGUUAGCAGCUGUUGUCUCUGAAUUUAGCAUUAACCUAGCCGGUUUACGUUCUACAAGCUACUGUGGCUAAGACGGUAAAGAAUUAAUUGGCAUUUGUGACAACUAUACUUGCGGAACAGUUAUAUGCUGUGUUUUUUGGUGUCGAUGGAGCAGAGGACCCUUUCCAGCUAAAGUUAUGGCGUUGUAUAACUUAGUUUUUGUCAUUGAUGUGGAUUAUUUGCCAGCAGCAGGACACGAUUGUGUAAAGAAUCUCCCACUAAAACAGGGCAUUCUUCGAAUUCUACUCCAUUUCGGAUAUAAGUAUGGCUUCGAGAAAGUUCGAUGGGGUUACAAAUUCUGUCAGUCAAGAACUGCGCGCAAUGCCAAUCUCAUAUCCAGGGGCUCUGAUUUUAAAGAACUGAGAGACAAAACUUUUGAAGACUUCGAAGUGGAACUUCAGUCAAAGUUGGAUGGAAGAGAAGCUUCAAUUCAGGCAAAGAAUCCAUCCUCCAGUCCUGCUGUUUCCAUACAUAAUGCAUUAAAAGAAGCUCUGUUGGACUUCCAGUGGGACAGACCAGAUAUCACCUCUCCCACAAAACUGGCACUGAGACCGAGGAAAGGUCAAGCUGGUAGAGGUGCCCCUCCACCAGAUGAUGAACUGUCAGCUUCGGGGAAAAAUGUGCUAUUCCUCCUUUCAAACUGUCCACACUCCAGGGCAGAUUUAGGAGAAUACUUGACCCUCAGUGGUGACAAUCACUCAGACGUUUCGGACCGUAUCCUACCCAAGGGACUCGUUGAAAUGAUGGCACAAAGACAAGUUGUCCUUCACUGGCUCGACAGCACUUCAUAUUUCCAGGUGAUGAAAGGUGAGGAGUACUCUGGCUCAGAAAGGCUUUCUGAGGUGUUGAGGCAGGUGGGCGGUAGAGUGAUCCCCAUGCAAGCCCUGCUGAACCUGUGCUGUCCUCACAAGACGUCCUCAACUCAGAUCGUUUCGGACUCUGGCCUCUGUUCCCCUCCUGCUCCUAUAAUGCAGCGUGAGGUGUUUCCACUCGACUCCAGCAUCGAAUACCUGUUUUCCUCAGAGCGACUGUACCGCCAGUCUUUUCCACUCCUGGGGGGCGUUCUACGAUGGUGGCAAGGUGAAGCGUCACAGAACUGCCUUGUGUCCUUGGAGCCGGUGGCCCGCGGACAGAGGCUCCUGCCGGCCCCUGUGGAGGUGUGUCUGAAGGGAGUGUUACACAGCUGGGAUGGCCACUCACUCACCGAAGGUUUUUCCUCCUGGUUGCUGCAAUGUCCCGAUGACAACCCUACAGGCCAAAGCCCGGCUGCCUUCCAACAACUGCUGAGUGAGCUCUCUGCCCAGGCUCUUCACAUGUUUGCAGAGGUUAGUGACGGAGGAGACCUGCCACGCUCUGCUGUCCUGUCACCCCUCUCAGCCCUCACAGCUCUGCUCACCAUCCUCGAUCCCGCCAUCACUCACAGCAGCUCCUGCAUGAACUUGUAUGGGCCGGCCGAAGCAGCGGCGGACACGUUGUCAGGCCUGCCUGAGGUGGUCAGCAGCGUCCUGGGGUUGGCUUAUGACGUGAUGGAGGAGAUGCGAGAUGAGGGGAGUGCAGCUGAGCCUCCUCUUCCUGAAUGGGCACAACAAGAGCUUACCCAUCGGUCCACCCAGCUGACCACUGGACUUGUGGAGGGUUGGUUCCCCCAUGCUGACCAAUCAGGAAUCAGCUCCCAUCUAAUGGAGUCCAUUAGGCUGAUUCAUGCUGUGUCAGAGGAGGAGGAGGAUCAAGGAGAGGACUUGUUGGGCCCCCAACAGGACCUGGUCAGCAGCUUGGCAGAGCUCUACCAGGGAAUGACCUCACAGGCCAGCAGCAACAAGACGAGGAAGAAACGUGGAGCCCAGCGCACGCCGGUGAGGCAGAAGAUGAAGACAAUGAGCCGCUCGCUCCAGAUGCUGAACGUUGCCCGUCUAAACGUGAAGGCCCAGAAGAACCAGGCCGGGGAGACGGAGGGGUUUCCAUCCCUGGGGGCCGAGGGCAGCCGGGGACAGGAGAGGCUGGGGAAGAGACGCUCAGGGGACCGGGCCAAGGCUGGACUCGAUGGACAACACUUCAAGAGCGAAGCGGAGCUGCUGUCCCACCUGAAUGCCUGCUAUGAGAAGGCAGUGGUGGAAAAAGACUUCUCUCUUCUCACAGGGGCCCAGCACCUCCUCUCUGUUGUCAAGACCUUCUUAACACCCAACACAGAUCUGGAGGCGCAGGUAUUAAUUUUCAUCCAGAAGAACUUGCUUAAGUCCAGCAAAUGCAUCCGUCAGUUCUACAGCAACGCCUCCAACACAGAUGGUAAAGUCAGAGAGUGCCAGCUGCAGGCAGUGCUCCGGUUGGAGAUGUGCCGACUCCACCCCAAUGCACAGCAGGCAGACACAUUGGACAUGGAGCAGAUUGUGGAGGAGGUGGCUGACAUGUUGAGGAUCAUCUCUCUCACCAAAGACCCGGUGUACCUGGCCAAUUUCCUUGAAGACGAGGUUCUCACCGGGUUCCUGGCGGACAUCCCUAGGGUCCUAGCAGAGGUCUACCAUAGCCUUGGCACCCAGUUGCCUGCCGCCCUAUCAGCCGUGCUGCCCUCUGACUUCUUCAGUGAUGAGUCAGUGACCAAGGACAGCGGCUCCCCCUCGCCUCCCCUAUCUACAGCCCUCAGCAUGGCCUCCGACUGCGGAGAGCGACUACAGGAACUCCGCGACCGCUCCGCCAGCAAGAGGAGGAGCGGGAGGCUCACUCGCCAUCGCAGCAUGACUGAAGCAUCACAGUGUCUUCGCCAGAUCGAGAUGCCCAGGAAGUCAACCAGAACAGCCAAGCCGAAGCUCUGCGUUCCAGUGGAGAAACCAGCUGCUGAACCGUCCCCACCCAAAAAGCAGACUGCACAAGAGGUCACAAAAGUCAGGAGGAACCUGUUCAACCAGGAGAUGAUUUCCCCCUCUAAGAAGGCCAAGAUGCCCAGGAGCCAGUCUGUCUCAGCUGUGGAGGGACUGAAGCGAAAACGCACCGAGACAACAGAAGGUGGUGAUCGACAUGCCCUCCUGACCAAAAAGGUGACGGAAACACCCAUACACAAACAGGUGUCUAAUCGUCUCUUGCACAGGCAAAAGAUGGGCAGGAGGUCUGUCCCGGUGGAGGAGAGCAUUGUUGAGGAGUCGCCAGUGAAGCCCCCAGAAGACUUAAGGAGGAGCCCAAGGUUGAAGAAUUUUGCCAGAAGACAUUCCAGCUUCUACUCGAGCUCCCAGCCUCGCUCCCGCAACCUGGACAGAGCUCUAUCCUCCUCCCAGCUUCCACUCAGCGACAGCAAAAAAGUAAACCUGCAGUCAGUACAGUCUCCGGUACGACUUCUGUUUGGAGCUACUCAGUCCCCUACUACCAGGUCCAGCCGGAGGCAGCUCUCGAAUAACUCAGUCUUUGAGAGUCCAAAGAACAUUCCUAAAAUGUCACCCGGUAGACACAGUAGGUCUGUUCAUGGGAACCGAACCCUCAGAAGUCCUCAAACCCCCAGAACACCCAAGACCCCCAGGUCAUCCAGUAUCCAGGGCUACUCUGUUACAGACAGCCCGGUGGCAGGACCCUGUCUUACGACUGGCAGCAUAGCUUCAGUCAGAUCACCAGCUAGGAGGAGCCUGGUGCUUGAUACACCACCCCAAAAAGUGAGCCCUCUGAAGGGCAUCCUGAGGACCCCAGUCAAGACCUUACCGGAGUGUUUGUCUCCCGCCGGAGCUCGCCUGCUUCAGAGCCCGCCGAGCUCCAGAACACCCAGGAAAAGCGUCACCUGGUCACCUUCUCCAAUGAAACCUAGAGACAAAGAGACUAAUACAUCAUUCAAGGUGCCAGAGUCACCUCACCGUACCACCCGAAGCUCUCCAAGGCUGUUAAUAAAUACAUCCAGAAAGUUCUGCAGUCCGCUGAAGAGUCCUAACUGCAAACAGAUUAUAUCUAAGAAUUCAGAAAGCAUUGUCCUGAUGAUGCAGAAAAAUUCCCCCCAAGUGAAUCUGUUCAGGAUCCUGGAAAAUCAUUCUGUGGGUGGCGCUGAGAUGACAACCCCCGAAAAAAGGUCUUCUGGGUCGCUUGUUGAAAAGUUCAACACAGCUUUUAAGGCUGAGCAGGACCUUGCUGAUAGUCCCCCGAAACCGCCCUGUUCUGCGUUCACACCGCCACCUCUCCACUUUUCUCCAAGCACUCCCACCAGUAAAACCCCCAGGAAAUCUCUAAGCCCUGCCCGUGGCAUGCUCACUCAUUUUGCAGGAACACCUGUUAAAGACUCUCUCUCCAUUUUUCCACACCAAAGUAUGCUCACACCAACAAAAGGCACCUCAAUAUUAUCAAGGACUGAAAUGUCACCAAAGGCUCCUGUUACCACCCAUUUGAAUAACAUAACAGAUGCCACCUCUCCAGCUAAACGUUCAUCCAGAACUAGCUCUCGUCCUGAUGUCCCAACCAAAACCAGACACAACUUAAGAUCCCAGUCAAAUGAAAGUUUAACUUUUUCUGACCAGGGUUUGCCAACUAGGGUUAAGAAGAACCCGAGAUCCCAGUCCAAUGAGAGUUUAACUGCAUUUGCAAUGGAUGUUAUGAGUGAGGAAACUGGCGAUACCAUGUCCAGUGGAAAUGUGCCAUUAGACUUUCAGGAAAGGGAGGCAUCGUUUGAAUCUUCCAACUCCCAGGCCAUGGUCAAGACCAAGCUCACCGAAGGUCUUAAGAUGAACAUCUCCUUUUCUAGGAAACCCUCUAAAUCCGGUGUUUUCCAGUUCACCGGAUCUUCCCCAAAACCACCAAUGCCGGCUGAAAUAACCACACCUGGGAAAAGCUACGGUUUUCGUCGGACCCCUGACCGCCAGCAGAGGGAGGCAGCAGCCCGUUUGGGGUACUCCACUGAACCAUGCCGGUCUACCCCCAGGUCUUCCGGAACCUUUACCAGUCGCAAGAAGGGGCUCGUCGAUCACAAGCCCCUCACAUACCAAGUUGAGCUGGAGAUGCAGGCGUCUGGUCUGCCAAAGCUAAAAUUCAAGCGCACAGACUCCUUCAGUUCAGGAGAUUGUGCUAUAGGAUCCCUGACUCCCACUUCCAGUAUGAAACCCCCCUUGGUGGACAGCCCUCUCUCCCUCUGCUCCAAACAUAGAGACACCGUUUGCGUCUCACCAUCGCUAUGUGCCCACGGCACUCCUGCCAAGGGUACACCAGGGAAAGGUGGCUUCCAGACGUUCAUCUGCCAGUCCUACACCCCCACGCGCCACCCCACAGGGACCAUGUCACCCCUGGGUACAGCAGACCUCAUCCCCUUGACCCCUUCCCCACAGAGAAUAGGGAGGUCUGCCCCAGACAGCCUCAACAGCUGGCCCCGCAGAAAGAGGGCUCUGCCUGGGGUAUUGGUUGGCAAGGAGCGGGGCCUAAAGGAAGAGCGCCUGUUAGAGGAGGCAGAACUAGAGGGAGUCUACAGGCUGCAAGAGACUGAAGAGACUGAUGCCCUUCCAGCCAGCAAAUUUCCUCUGGACCAGCUGGAGGACAUGGAAUGGAUGGAGAGCAUGGUUCCACUGGAUGAUAGUGCUGAGCCUCUAAAUGGGGAAGGCUCUAUCUGGGCCAGUGGAUCUGUUCACUCAGUGGUGACACCGCCCAGCUCUGCGGUGAGGAAGCCAGUGUCAGCCAGUGGGAUCCUCACCCUCACCCAGUCACCCAUGUUAUUCAAGGGGAAGGUCGGUUCUGCCACCAAACGAACCCCUAGAUUUAAAGAUGAACCUCAUUCUCACAAGAGGAUGGAGUUUGAGAUGUCUCCCUUCAGCCAGCCACCAAAACGGUCAAGUACAGAAAAGAACUACAGCAGGAAGAGACUGCUGGACUGACAUGGAAUGGCCUGGACCAAAUGAUUAUGUAUGAAGCAUCAGUCUUUAUAUUUUAAGGUUUUGUCGCACCCUAUCCUGAAUGAAAAUAUUGGGAUACUUUGGAUACUUUCCUACGUCUUGUGUAUGUGCUUAAGCCAAAACUAAAGUGUGUUCAAAAGGUCAAGUACAAAUACAAACUUUUUUUUUUUUUCUCCAGAAUGUCACAAUCAAGUCAUCUGAAUUUGAAGAUUAUGGUUUCCUAAUAAUUUAUUUAGUUAAUUUGUUUUUGUCAUAAAACUAAGUUUAAAUGCUAAUUGUAGGUGACCCUCAAUGUACAUAUGUUAUAUACUGAAAUUAAUAUGUAAAUAAACUAUUUUAAACAGA